AUGAAAAUUAUGAUAGAUUUAGAUUUUUUGCAAAUGCAUAAAUACAUUGUACAUAUUUUACUAUGUAUUUUUUCUCAUGGUUUCUAUGAUUUCGUGCGUGCAUGUAAUAGUUUAAAGAAAAUUGACGAUGCACUACGGGAAAUGAGAGGCGAUUCCGAUGUUGAUUCUGGUAGCAAGAGUCUUAUAAAAAACCGUUUUGUGUUUGCUAUUACUAUCUUUGUAUCUCUUGGAGGUGUAUUGUUUUGGCUACUUCCAAAGCUCAGUUCCCAAUGUAACCUACUGAAGAUGACUUUGCUGUGUCUAUUCUCGACCUUUGAUGCUCGGUGGUCGCAAGUACUCUAUUGUCUGCCUCUUGCUAUUUUCUUUGAUGGAAGAUCUCUUCAAGGCGCUGCUCAAAACCUCAGCUACCUUACGACUAGUCGUUUUAUUACUGAUAUGGCUAUUACCGAAACACUUGCGCUUGGGCUUUUUCUGCUGCCACGCCGGCUGGGGGAAGAGAGUAUUCAAAGCCAAAGUUCCAGUGAGCACGCCAUAUUGUAUGCACAGCAACAGUCACCUGUACAGUUUACGGGUCUGAAUUAUCCAACCGCAAGAAAAAAUACCACGAAGGAGAAGAUUACUAGUCACCCUUACAUUACAUCCCAGUACAUGACGAGCUACCAUGAUAUUUCACACAUGUGCUUUGGAGAGACAGGAGAAGAAAAGGCGAGCAUGAGAAGGAAUACGUUUUUAGAUGGCUUCCCACCAGACGCUACGAAAAUAAUGGGAGGCCCUAAUAUAAUGGUCCCUCUGUACCAAUCAGAGAUUGCUCCUCCGGAAAUCCGUGGAUCUCUCGUCUCUCUUCAACAGCUGGCCGUCACAUUUGGAAUCCUCAUUUCGUUCUGGAUCGACUACGGAACGGCCAACCUUUCAACAGAAGCACAGUGGCGGAUCCCUCUUUGCCUCCAAUUGGCCAUUGGCCUUGUACUUGGUGUGGGAAUUCUCUUCUUUCCUCACUCUCCUCGCUGGUUGAUGAGUGUUGGAAAGGAGGAACAGGCCCUCCAGGUCUUAUCCAAACUUCGCCGUCUCCCCGACCAUCACCCAAAGGUUAUCAAAGAAUGGCGGGAGAUCAAGAUCAAUGUCACUUUCGACAAGCUGGUCGAGAUCGAGACCUACCCCGACUAUGUCGAUGCCGGAACCUCUGGCCGUUUCAAAAUAUUCAUGAUGGGGUACGUGGAGCUGUUCCGCAAGGGUAUGCGCAACCGUCUCUUCAUCGCCUGUGCCAUCCAGUUCUUCCAGCAGUUCGUUGGAAUCAACGCCUUGAUCUACUACGCCCCCAAGAUCUUCCAGUCUGUCGGUCUCACCGGAAGCUCGGUGUCUCUGCUUGCCACCGGUGUCGUCGGUGUCAUCAACUUCCUCAUGACCAUUCCAACAGUCCUCUUCCUCGACAUGGUCGGUCGAAAGAAGAUGCUCAUGAUUGCCUCUGUCGGACUCUCCGUCAGUAUGAUCAUUGUUGCCAUUAUCACCGGCCUUUACGAGGAUGACUGGCCGAACCACACUGCCGAGGGGUGGGUUGCAGUUGUAUUUGUGUACAUCUUCAUUGCCAACUUUGCCUACUCGUGGGGACCUAUUGGUUGGGUCAUCCCAUCCGAGAUCUUCCCUCUUCGUGCUCGUGCAAAGGCCAUGAGUAUCUCCACUUCUGCCAACUGGAUGUGCAACUUCAUCAUGGGCAUGAUCACUCCUCCCAUGCUUGCCGGAAUUCAUUACGGUACAUACGUCUUCUUGGCAGUAUUCUGUGUCCUUUCCUUCCUGUUUACCUGGUUCUUCAUUCCUGAGACCAAAGGUCUGUCUCUUGAAGAGAUGGACAAUAUCUUUGGUGGUGACAUGGCCAACUCUGACUCCAAUCUCAUGUCUCGUGUCAGGGAAGAGGUCCACCAACAGGGUGUUCCAGCUAAACCUAUGAAUACGGCCAAUGACUCCCAGAAAACUUAA